CAAAAGUUGUUGAUGUAGAAGCCAACUCCACAAGUAGCCUCCUCGCGUAGUGAGUCAGCGACUACCACUUUCGCUCCAAAUUGUGCCCCAAUUGCCACAACCGCCAUAGAUGAGAUAGCAGUAAAGUGUGUGGAGAGGCCAGGAUUCUGCUCCUGUCUCCGUUUGUAUGUCCAAUUCUCUUUGUACAUAAAGAAGGGAUUUUCAUUCUUUAACCAAAUAAUAAUUGUUCAUAAGCCCAUGGCUCCUCCAUCUUCAACAGUUUCAAAUGAACAAUCGCAAGUACAAACCCUAAACCUAACCAUAAUCCCUGGUUUACCCAACGAUUUAGCAGCGCUAAUACUAAUAUUCGUUCCUUACUCUCAUCAUUCACGUCUCAAAUCCAUUUGCAAAUCAUGGAAACUGUUUUUCUCUUCGAAAACCGUCAUUUCUCUGCGGCAGAAGCACCUCCCACCCACUACCCUCUCCCCACUCCUCUGUAUAUUUCCACAGGAUCCUUUAAUUGCUUCCCCUUACCUCUUUGACCCUGUAAAUCUGGCGUGGUCCCCACUCCCACCUAUGCCCUGUAAUCCCCAUGUGUAUGGCCUUUGUAAUUUCACCUCAGUUUCUGUUGGUUCUUAUUUGUAUGUCUUAGGUGGGUCCCUUUUCGAUACCCGCUCGUUCCCUCUUGAUUGCCCGUGUCCGUCCUCGUCGGCUUUUCGGUUUGAUUUUGUGAGUUUCACGUGGGAGAAUUUAUCCCCUAUGAUCAACCCUAGGGGGAGCUUUGCGUGUGCUGCCACGCCCAAUUCGGAUAAGAUUCUAGUGGCGGGUGGUGGGUCCCGUCACACGAUGUUUGCGGCAGCGGGUAGUAGGAUGAGUUCAGUGGAGAUGUAUGAUAUUGGGAAAGAUGAGUGGGUCCCAUUGGAUGGUUUGCCUAGGUUUAGAGCAGGGUGUGUUGGGUUCUUUGUUGGGAAUGGGGAGGGGGAGGAGGAGAAGGAGUUUUGGGUGAUGGGUGGGUAUGGCGAGUCGAGGACAGUCUCGGGUGUGUUUCCUGUGGAUCAGUAUUAUAGGGAUGUUGUAGUGAUGGAGAUGAAGAAUGGUGGUGGUGGGAAGUGGAGGGAGCUUGGGGAUAUGUGGGAAGAAGGGGAAAGGUGGAGGCUUGGAAAGAUUGUGGUGGUUGAGGAUGGUGUUUCGGACGCCCCUGCAGUAUUCAUGCUUGACCAGAGUGAUAUUUUCAGGUAUGAAAUGGCUUCCAACAGUUGGGUAAAAGAAACAAGUGUGCCAAGAAAAACAUCUGAUGAAGCAUCAGUUGGCUUUGUCGCAUUGGAUGGGGAGCUGCACGUGAUGACUCAUUUAAGUGGGGUCAAAUCAAAUGAGUGCCAAAGAUUGAGGCAGCAGAAACGGUCAGCAACUCUUCUGAUACAAAUAUAUCAUCCUAGGAAGAACUCGUGGAGGUGUGUCACUACAAAGCCACCCUUUCAUCACCCUUUGGAUUUCAAAACUGCAGUUAUGUGCACCAUUCGUCUGUAGAUUUAUAUUGUUCCAUUGGUGUGUCCAUGAAGCGGUUGUUUGGUCAGUAGAUUGUCCUACCUGUUGUGAAUGGCAUUGUAUAGCUUUCAUUGACAUGUUCUUAUUGUCAGAAUUAGUAUUGUAAAUGCAACUGUAAUAAACUCAAUUCUUCUUAUCUCCGUCUCUUUCCUUUUAUUAA